AUGCGCCACCGAGGUCGCCGCCAUAUUCUUGAAUCCUCGCUCUUCUCUCUUACAGUUUUGCCACAAGAACUUGUUCUAUACAACGGGAGCUCUUCUUUCCUCCGUCUGGCCAUAUUCACAGAUGACAUGUACAGCUUGAAAUCGUUGGCACACACGGAAGGACACAGACGCACACACGGCCGCAAAUCCUCAUCGGCCAUAGGCUAUACUUGCUUUCGUCUGACUGUAUGCGAUCAACAGAUCUCGUCAUUUCAUUGCUUAUCGUCACGUUUCGGUGUCAGUCAACUUAAAGUCACCCGGUUCCUUUUGCCUAAUGCUCAUCCUGACCACAGCCUCCUUUGGACAGAUGCAGGUCUAGUAAGGCAUUGGGACUCGUGUGGCUUAAAACCGGACAACCCUUUUCCUAUUUCCCAAGAAGGUCUCUCUUACUUCCGCCCUUUUACGUCCCUCCUCCACGAGGCAUCACAUUUCUAA